AUUGGCAAGUCGUUGUAAGCAGUGUGCGGUGGUCGUUGGCUAACGGUAUUUCCACUCGCGUGUGUGUCUGCUGAGCGCGCGUGUGUGUGUGUGUGCCUGUGUUCGCGUAUGUGUGUGAGUGUGUGUAAGUGUCUGCGGGCCUAGCAGAGUGAAAAAAAGGAGAGAGAAAAAAAUUAACAACGUAAGCUUUAACAAUUGCCUAAAAAACACACACGACAACGACGAGGACGACCAGGACGACCAGGAGGAUACACAGGCCCAGUGCUAGUACGUGUAAGUGUGUGGAAAACGAUAAUUAGAUUGACAUCCACCAGAUCCAUCUACUCGGCAUACGAAAUCCCCGUCACCACCAGCAGCAGCCGCCACCGCAGACGCAGCACAGCAACAUGUGUGAGGCAUAAAUCAACAUCAACAGGAACAGCAACUUAACUACAACUUAUUGGUUUUUCUGUGUGUGUGGAUAAACAAAACGGGGAAAAACGAAGAUGCAUUUACAUUUCGAACGGAACACCAAUACGAAAUGCGACUGCACAAUACUCUCGUUAUCAUGGAUGGGAAAAGUACCAGAUGACAUACCCGAGGAUGAAGGCUGGAAACUGAAUCGAACCAACUAUUAUCAGGAGGGAUGGCUGGCCACAGGCAACAUACGUGGCAUUGUGGGCGUAACAUUUACCACCUCACAUUGCCGCAAGAAUAUGGACUAUCCAUUGAGGACCAACUACAAUUUGCGUGGCCAUCGAUCGGAUGUCAUCCUGGUCAAGUGGAAUGAGCCGUAUCAAAAGUUAGCCUCCUGCGAUAGUUCUGGCAUUAUAUUUGUGUGGAUCAAAUACGAGGGUCGUUGGUCCAUAGAGCUGAUCAAUGAUCGGAAUACGCCAGUGACGCAUUUCUCGUGGUCUCACGAUGGUCGAAUGGCCUUGAUUUGCUAUCAGGAUGGCUUUGUGCUGGUCGGUUCGGUGGCUGGCCAACGUUAUUGGUCAUCUAUGCUGAACUUGGAGUCGACAAUCACGUGCGGCAUAUGGACACCGGACGAUCAGCAGGUGUAUUUCGGCACCACGCAGGGCCAGGUGAUCGUAAUGGAUGUGCACGGGGCAAUGGUAUCUCAGGUGCAGCUGUCCAAUGAUGUGCCCAUCACAUCGAUGGCCUGGUCCUGUGAGAAAUUCAAAAUGGAGGAGGGCGAAGAGACCGAACCCGGUGUAACAAAUGCGGCCAAACGUUCCUUUGUGUUGGCCGUUAGCUUUCAGAAUGGAUUUAUCUAUUUGAUAAAGUCGUUUGACGACGUUUCACCCGCACAUAUCAACACCUGCCUUAAUGGCGCCCUCGGCAUGGUCAUGGAAUGGAGCAAUUCCCGCGAACUGCUCGCUGUGGCCGGCACCCAGCGCACCGGAAUGGAUCAUCAUCAUCUAAAUGGAGACCCACCACCGAAUAGCAGCAGCAGCAGCAACGGCAACACCAAUGGCAACACCAACAACAGUAGCUACAACAACAUGGUCAAAUUCUAUACGGAGACGGGCAUGUGUCUGUAUCAGGCUCAUAUACCCUGCAGCAAUGCCACUGUAUCGGCCAUCACGUGGGGCCACAAUGAUAAGCGCCUGUUUAUAGCAACGGGAACACAAGUCCACAUAGCCUGGGUAUCGCGGCGGGUGGCCUCAUUGCAGUUACUCUGUCGCCUGGAAAUUCAGGCCAGUGUGGGCUCCGAGACGCUAUUGCCUCUGUUGCCAUUGCCUUCUAGGAUUAAGUCUCUAAUUGGCAAUCUGUUUGCUCAAACGAUACGAUGCUGUGUACCUGAUCUGAAGUCAUUGCGUGAUUUUGUCUCGCGUCCUCCACUCUGCUCUACGCGUCUGCACUGCACAAUGAUACGGCACGAUGAUGAUUCCAAUCUAAGUUCAGGCACCUGUUACACCUUGUAUUUGGAGUAUCUGGGCGGACUGGUGCCUCUACUCAAGGGCAAACGCACCUCAAAGAUACGUCCGGAAUUUGUCAUUUUCGAUCCGCAAGUGAAUGAUGCUCCUUUGUAUUAUCAAUACUCUGGAGAGGGUAAGAGCUCUUCGGGCUCCAGUCAAUCUACCACAACUGGGAAUAGUGGACGCACAGACUCUUCGGACAGUGAUUUCGAGGAGCGUUCCCGGUUCGGCUCGCCACGAACGCCGCGUAAGAAGAGAGUGCGUCCCAAGCGACGUAAUCAAGGAGGAGACCGUAUGAACUCGUCGGCGGGAGAUCCCGAUAGUCUGGAUGAGCUGGCCUAUGUGGACACUUUGCCCGAGCAGGAAGUCAAACUGGUGGAGGUCACCUCGAAUAUAUGGGGAACCAAAUUCAAAAUUCAUGGACUUGCCAAAACCGUCCCAGCCAAUUUAGGCCAAGUAACAUAUAAGACGUCCCUACUGCAUUUGCAGCCGCGUCAGAUGACGCUGGUAAUCACCGAGCUGCGAGACGAUUUUCCACCUGGUCCCGAUCCCACAUUUAAUCCGAACAUCUUCUCCGAGGACGAAGACGAGGCCCAGCAGCAUCAACAGCAGCAGCUGCCACACCAGGACGUUCCACAGGUGAAUGUGACCACAACUCAGGAUACAUCGGGGCCAGUGAUGAGUGGCCUGAAGCCACCCAUUAUGCCUCAACGCCGUUUGACCGAUGGCCCCGGAUCGGCUCCAUUGAUAGCUCCAAUGUCACCGCGUCCCAAUCGUCUAUUGGCUCGCCACAAGAACUCACUGACUGUGAAUGGGACAGAUCGUUCCAACUCUGGUGGUAGUUCGGGUUCCUGUUCAUUGGCCCGUGCUGAAAGCUAUGACGAUGACUCCUCCAAUGAAUCUCAAGACGCUGUUGCAGCAGCAGGAGGAGUAGCUGGAGCAGCAGCCUCAUCCACCACUGUCCUGCUUCACCAGGCUCCAUCGAAUGGUGGAGCGGGUCCAAGUUGUAGCAAGACAAUCACCCGACCCAAGACCAUUAGCAGUUUCAAGAACAGCUACAGCCGCUCCAGUUCGAACUCUAGUUGCCAGUCUCGUCAUGCCAUCUCCCCGCUCUACUGCGAUGGAGCUGUACCCACACUGCAGUCCCCCAAGAAUGCUGUGGCUCCGUCGGACAUCAUUUUCGAAAGGCCGGCCGUGCCGGCUGCUGGUCAGACCACUCUCAUGUCUUACUCCAGCAAUGCAGAUUAUGCCAACAAUGUGGUCCAGGUGAAGAAUGCUCUCAUGUCGGAGCCCAUACGUUCGGCGAAUAGUCAUGUUAAUCCUGUGCCGCUUAAUCUCAACCUCAAUCUGGAACGCAUGGAUGCCAGGGUGAAAUGCAUGGCGGCAGCUGCCGCCGCCGCCGCUGCUCCUACUGCAUCCACAUCCAAGCGACGGGAUAUGCUCUACAUUGACGAGGAGACACAAUCACCCACGACCAACAGCACCAGCAUGAAACGUACUCCGACUGUUGUGUCCAUAGCUCCAGCUCUGCCCGAUUCCAUUACGCGCAGUUGUAGUGUCGGCUACCUGGACUCAGUGGCCAUCACACCCUCCGAUGAGGCCUUAUCCGCCCUCCGCAAAGAUGCCCCCAAUAAGCGUCUGAUUCUUGUGGACAAGCGUCGCAAUCGCCGCAAGCGCCAGCAAUUGGAGGACGCCAAGGGACGUGGACAUGUGAAAUUGCAGCAGACGGGGAAAUCGAAAAGCCUCGACUCCUGUGACCUGCUGGCCCUCGCCCAAACCAAAUUGUCCAGCAAGGAGCACGAGCAGGUGGUAAAGAAACUCCAAGAGAUCUCCGAUAGCAGUGCGUGUAGUAGUGCGGCCAACACUCUGUGCUUUAAGUGCCGCAACAACAUGAAUCCGAGUAGUGCCUGCAAGCGCUGUCAGCCAACAUCUGGCUUGGAUGAGAUUACCUCUGCCACAGUUGUUGUGGAAUCUGUCAAAUCAGAGUCCAAGGAAUCACCUGCCGCCGCUGCCACACCCAUCAAAUCAACGCCAAAGAAACGUUUCGAUGUGAUCACUAGCUUUACAGAUUCCCCCCUCUUCACGCGGAAACAUCGCUUUGGCUAUGGACGCAGCAGCAAGGAGACGGCGAGUGGCACAGAGAAUUCAACACCCUUGCUGGGCAGAAAGCAGGACAAUGGCUUUAGUUUUGUCAAACAGCUGUCCGAAGUGCGUUGGCGACGCAAAGAAGCAACCCCAGCGACAACGGCGACUGCCAUCAAUGGAACUAGCAGCACCUUGGAGAGGCAGCCAACAGAAGUAGCCACAUCUGCAGCAGCUUGCGGCACAGUGGAAGCAACACCCGUGGAGGCCAAGGCAUCUGUUUCCCUGCACACACAGGCUCUAACCACAUUGGAGAACAUUAUUAGUCGUCUGCGCGAUUUGGAUGAAGGUCGUUUGACCCCGCCGUCGACGCCACAACGUUUGCCCCGCAGUUCACCAGCCUCGCCAGCGGCCAGCAAGAAGAACAAACGCCAGCAGAGCAACUCACCCAUUCGGCAUAUACUCAACUCCCCGCUUCUCAAUCGACGUCAACGCAAGAAACCGAGCAUUAUCGAGAGCUCCGACGAUGAGGGAGGCAAUCAGACGAAUGGCUCUGGCGAAGAUCUUAACAAUGCGGGCAACGGCAAGCAAUAUCGUGAUCUGGAGACAUUCCAAAAGGCCCAGCUGCGUCAGAAGCUGAAACGUGGAAAGAUCGAACCGAAUGGCAGUGCCAGCUGCACCAAUCCGGCGCCAGUGCGACGUGAAUUCGUUAUGCACAACAAGGCCCCCAUGUGGAAUGAGAUGAGUCAGGUAUAUCAAUUGGACUUUGGCGGACGUGUGACCCAAGAGUCGGCCAAGAACUUUCAAAUUGAGUUUCGGGGCAAGCAGGUUAUGCAAUUUGGUCGCAUCGAUGGCAAUGCCUAUACGUUGGAUUUCCAGUAUCCUUUCUCCGCCCUGCAAGCCUUUGCCGUGGCUCUGGCCAAUGUCACUCAACGUCUGAAAUAAACAAAUGCGAAAGACAUAUGCGAUAUAUAUAUACAUAUGUAUGUGUGUGUGUGCUAACUGUAUAAUUAUAUUGUAUCUGCCAGAUACUAAUAUAUAUAUCUAUAUAUAUUGUGCAGCAAAUUUUUGUUUGCUUUUUUGGCCUACAUACACAUAUAUUUUUUAUACCACAAGAAAGCAGGAUGCAAUUAAUCAGGAUAAAGACGCGUGAAGGGAGGAGAGGCUUGUUUUUUUUAUAAUUUGUAUAUAAUGUGUAUAUGUAUUGUGGUUUCUAAAAUACCGUAUACCACCAAAAUCACCAAAAAUAACAACAACAACAAAAAAACUUACAACAAACUUACAGUCCGAUCCAUUUUUUGUGCAAUAUUUGUAAUGACAAGUUUUUUUCGUGGCGGAUAAUGAGACGACGUCGACGUCGACGAUUGUGUGUAGAAGAUAUUAGUUUAAGCAUCAGAGAUCAGAUCGGUCAAUAGACGAUUUUUAAAACAAAACAAAAAACUAGUUUGUAUCUACAUUGAUGAUGAUGAUCAGAUGAUGAGCAGCCUUUUUUGCCUAUGAUAGAGAGCUUCGUUUUCGCUUUACUCGAUAUUUAAGUGCAAUAAUUAUAGUAAUUCCUUUCGUUAAAACUUUUUAGAUGUAAGUAAAAACCAUUUCCAAACAACAAUUAAACUGCUAUAGCAAGGAUAAUUAUAUAAUUACUUAAUGCUAGCAUAUUUUUUAUAUACAUACAUAAUGCAAAAAACAAAAUACAGAAAACCAAAAAUUAAAUCAUAUUGUGAACUAAUUGAAUGUGAAUGUUAACAAAUACCAAAAAAACACUCGAAUCGAUAGUGAGAAAAUACA